AUGGAGAAAGAACGCGAAGAAAAUGUUCCAAGUAAUGUAGCAAUUACAGGUAAUUCGUCAGAUUCUGAUAUAUCUGACCAACUGUUACUUGAACUUUCCCGAGGAGAGAUGAACAAAGUUGUAAAGGGGAGAAGUGACGGAGCCGAUUUAAGGAAGCGACGUACAGCGCUGAAGAGAAAACUAUCGAACAUCAGAACCAGAUCUGAACAAAAAGAAGCUAUGGAGCUUAAGAGGCGACUAGAUGAGAAAACUGAGAGAACCGCAGCCUUAAAACCCAGAGAUUGGACUAAAGUCUCUGUGAAGCAUGCGAAGAAGUUUGAACGGCUUUUAGAACUGUGGGAAAGUGAUCUUAAAUCGAUAACAAUAGUAAAUGAUAAUGGC